AUGGGACUCCUAUGCGGCGGCAGCACGCCUGUCAUCCCAGGCGUGGAGUACCAGCUCAGUCCAGUGACACUGGCCAAGUUAGUCCUUGUGGGCAGACUCCGGGAUUGCGCAGCCCCCGUGGGGCCAGCUGUCCCGACCGCUGUGCGCGUGCGCAGUUGGGAAGCGCACUGGCCGCUCAGCGGGGGCCACGACCAGGAUGUCCUGUCCCUCUGUCCCCAACCCCCGCUCGUGCUGCCGGGCUUGCUGCAGUCUCCUGGCGCGCGGAUAACCUUGCGGGGCCCAGUCCGCGCUGCUGCUCCCCCUCCCGUGCGCUCCCGUAACGGGGGCAGGGACUUAAGGAAGGCGAAAGGAAUCACCUGGCCCUCCCGCAGCUCCACGUACAGCUGGAAGCAGCUCCUGUACCCGCAGGCAUGUGCUCCAGGAGCCCUCGGUCACCGCGCAUUCUGGGCUGUGGCCUGGGGACUCCUGCUGCUGGUCCCCGUGCUCGCAGGGGCGCAGCGUGGCAGGAAGAAAGUCGUGCACGUGCUGGAGGAUGAGUCCGGUUCCGUGGUGGUGCAGACGGCGCCUGGGCAGGUGGUGAGCCACCGCGGUGGCACCAUUGUCUUACCCUGCCGUUACCACUACGAGGCGGCCGCCCACGGUCACGACGGCGUCCGCCUCAAGUGGACGAAGGUGGUAGACCCUUUGGCUUUCGCCGAUGUCUUCGUGGCUCUGGGUCCCCAGCAUCGAGCCUUUGGUCCCUACCGAGGGCGGGCUGAACUGCAGAAUGACGGACCCGGCGAUGCCUCCCUGGUCCUCCGAAAUGUCACCCUGCAGGACUACGGGCGCUACGAGUGCGAGGUCACCAAUGAGCUGGAGGAUGACACCGGCAUGGUCAAGCUGGAUCUGGAAGGAGUGGUCUUUCCCUAUCACCCGCGCGGAGGCCGCUACAAGAUGACUUUCCCGGAAGCGCAGCGUGCUUGUGCAGAACAGGAUGGCAUUUUGGCGUCCGCGGAGCAGCUGCACGCGGCCUGGCGGGAUGGCCUGGACUGGUGCAAUGCGGGAUGGCUACGCGAUGGCUCCGUGCAGUACCCAGUGAGCCAGGCCCGGGAGCCCUGUGGCGGGGCUGGAAGCACUGGGGUUGGUGGCGGCACCAACGGGGGCGUGCGCAACUAUGGAUAUCGUCAUAACGCAGAGGAACGCUACGAUGCCUUCUGCUUCACGUCCAACCUCCCGGGCCGUGUGUUUUUCCUGAAACCGCUGCGACCUGUGGCCUUGGCCGGGGCGGUGCGCGCGUGCGCGGCGCGGGGUGCCACAGUGGCCAAAGUCGGGCAGCUGUUCGCUGCGUGGAAGCUGCAGCUGUUGGACCGCUGUACUGCAGGCUGGCUGGCGGAUGGCAGCGCGCGCUAUCCCAUCGUGAAUCCGCGAACUCGCUGCGGAGGUCCUCGGCCCGGCGUGCGCAGCCUCGGUUUCCCUGACGCCUCCCGACGCCUCUUCGGUGUCUACUGCUACCGCGCUCCGGGUGCCCCAGACCCGGCUCCAGGUGGCUGGGGCUGGGGCUGGGCCGGCGGAGGAGGUUGGGCUGGAGGGUCGAGGAAUCCGGCUGCCUGGACCCCACUGCGUGUCUAGAUCUGGGAGGAUGCACAUUUGGGGGUGUUGGUGACUGAUCUAGUGGCCUCAUGCACCCCCUGGAUACCGACCACGUCAGAGAUCCCUUGGACAUAUGACACACCCCUGCGGUGCACGGCAGACUGAUUUAGCUACCUGUGGUCUUUGGACAUUGACCACACCUAAGGUCUCCUGGAUAUGUGACAUACCCCUGCGGUGAGCUGCAGGCUGACCCACUUGUGAUCCUUGGUCGCUGACUAUGCUGCCCUCUGAGGACCCCUAAUAGUGGCCAAGCCCACUUCUUUGGAUAGUGGAUGUCUCAUCUUUCAGACUUUUCUAGAAGAGUCAUGCCCUCCCCUAACCCCCAGGAUCCCAGUAGACCAGCAGGACUCUACGGUUCCCUAAAGAUGAACCACCCGUCUACGGCCUCCUGAAAAACAGAUGGACACUCCCCCUCAGUCACCUGGAGGCUGGACCCCCAGGAUUAACUGGAGACCUGCCCCCCAAACCCUCUGCAUUUCUCGGGAGCUGGAAAACUGGUCUUGGAUAGUCAACUGUACACUUCUCCCCAUCACCCGGUGAAGAAACAAAACCUUGCAGGUCACCUGUGUGGGCAGUUGACCCAGAGGCUGCGAAUUCCCAUUCUUCCAGAGAGUCUCUUUACAUUUCCAAGGUAACAUGCCUUGUCCCUGGGUCAUUAUGGAGGACAGACCCAACACCUCUGGCUUCUUGGGAGAAUGUCCCCAGCUGGCUCCCAGGAACAGUGGCCAUGCCUAUCCCUCAGGUAUUUCCUCUGGCCAGAGAGUAGACUCGCCUGAAUGUCCCGUCCCCGGGCUCUUUGGGGGAUGUCACCAAAGAGAUUAUUCCCUCAGACCAGAAACCCCUAAAAAUCUGAUUUGUAGAGACAAGCUGCUCGGCUUCUUAAGGUCACACAGGCCACCAGUGCAGCCUAACCCCGCUCACCCCCUACACCCACGGAAAUGGCACGUUCUGCCUUCCUUUGUAACCAUGGUUACCACACUUUUCCUCUCUCACUGGCCUAAAACCCAGACACCUAUCACUUCAUUUUUGACUGUCCCUGCCCUGGUGGACCAGCAUGGAGACAAUCUUCCUCACUGAGUGUCCUCAGGGUAACCCAGCAUUCAGUUCUCCAGACCUCUCCAUGGAAACAGCUGCCCCUUUCCUAAAGUGCACCUUCUGUUUCUCCCAGCUUCCCAAGCCCCGCCCCUAGACAGUUUGAACCUCCGUUGCUAUGGAGACUAAACUCUGGUGUCCAAGGUAACAGAACACCUGUCCCUUCAAGGCUUCCCCUCCAGGGUCCCAUCCUGUCCAACUGUUGCCAUAGAGACCAUCAGUGUCUCCAUGACAACUGACCUGCAGCACUCAGGAACUUCUUGCUAUGGGCAGAGAGUACCUCUGCCUGGAGCCGCCUACUGUGUUCCUCAGACGCCUGACAAAUGUCUCUUCUUCGGAUGGGCUUCUGCAGGAUUCUGCUUCGAGAAGAGCUGCAUGGGCCCAUGCAGGACACCGCUUCAGGGGCAGCUGCCUGCACCAUCCAUUUGCAUGCUCGCUUGACUCCAACCAGGAGCUGAGCACCAGCCACCACUGCAACCCCCUCUAGCAUUUUCAAUGUUCAACCCUGCAGAUGAGGAAACUGAGGCUGUGGUGCUGCACAAAAGCCUUUCCUUCUUAGAGAUCAAGGAGGGCGGACUCUCCCUGAAACCACCAACUUUAACCCAUUUCUGAGGACCCAUGUGCGCUCAAGGGUCAAGACCAGCCCAAGUGCAGCCCAAAUGCAGGAGCCUCCAGGUCUUGGGUGCUGUCGGGACCAGCAAGUACCCUUGCCAACACACCUUCCUGCCUGCCCCAUCUAUCUCGGCUAACUCCACCCCUGAGUCUGGAAGCUAAGGGGCUGUGGGCGCCAGUCACACGUUUUGUUCUAAAGUGUGCAACCAAAAACUUACCCAGGCUCUUCUGUGGACUAGGAUUGUUCUGAGGUGCCCAGCAGCAACCUGCAACCCAGGUUCAAUAAACCUUUGUCCCUUCUGCUGAAUGCAAAACAAGGCUGCCAGUCCCUCUGUCAGUGCAGUGGGCUUCUCAGGCCCGGUUCCAAAGCUGCUCCUCUUCCUUUUCAGUGCUCCCAACCUGAACAUAGAAAGGCGAACCGUUUACCGGGUGUCAAGAUCAGGACCCUAUGAGAUCCUGUCUGACCUCCUCAUGUGCUCUGUGGCAUGUGUGCAUACACAUAAAUCAUAACAUGUAAUUAAAAAAAUGUUAAGUAGGA